GGAUGGAAAGGGGAGGAACAGGGAGGGAGGUGUAGCCACGGCGAAUUCCCUGAGGAACCAACAUGUUCGCCGGACAUAAAAAGGGGGGUAAGGGCAGGAAGAAGAAGGUCCGCUCUACUGAUUUAUGUGGAAGAGGAAGCCCAGUGUGCUGAGCUGAGCGCCCUUUUCACACACACACGGACACACACUUUUGCCUCAGGUCAGGACACUUUGCGCUGCCUCGCGCUUUUUCUGUAGUGAAGCCCUUCACCAUGCCCUCUGCAAUGCCAAGCCCCUGCUCUGCACCCUGCAUCCUGGCUGCCCUGCUCUUCCUGUGGGCCCAGGCCCAGGCCCAGAAUGAGCCAGCCAAAAUCCAGCUCCGACUGGCGGGCAGUAAGCGCAAGCACAACGAAGGCCGUGUGGAGGUGUACUAUAACGGCGAAUGGGGCACCGUCUGUGAUGAUGACUUCUCCAUCUAUGCUGCCACCGUGGUCUGCAGGGAGCUGGGCUAUGUGGAGGCAGUCUCCUGGUCCCCCUCUGCCAAAUUCGGCCAGGGAGAAGGGCGCAUCUGGCUGGACAAUGUGCACUGCACGGGGAGAGAGGUGACGCUGGCGGAGUGCUCGUCCAACGGCUUUGGGGUGUCUGACUGCAAGCACUCUGAGGAUGUGGGUGUGGUCUGCAGCACCCGAAGGAUUCCUGGCUUCAGGUUUGUCGGAGCCCUGGCCAACAACGUGGAGAAUCUGAAUAUCCAGGUGGAAGAUGUGCGCAUCCGGGCCAUCCUGUCGUGGCAGCGCAAGCGCAUCCCUGUGACGGAGGGCUUUGUGGAGGUCAGAGAGGGCGGGAGAUGGCGGCAGAUCUGUAACGAGGCGUGGACCCCAACAAACUCCAGGGUCAUCUGUGGGAUGUUUGGCUUCCCUGGCGAGAAAAAGUAUAACAUGAAAGUCUACAAAAUGGUGGCCAUGAGGCGGAAGAACAAGUACUGGGGCCACUCUGUGAACUGCACUGGAAAUGAGGCCCACGUGUCCAACUGUAGGCUGGGACCCCCGCCCACAAAGAAAGGCAACUCCACUUGUGCCUUGGGAAUGCCUGUGGUGGUGAGCUGUGUACCAGGAAGGGUCUUUGCCCCCACCCCUGUGACAGGCUUCCGGAAGGCCUACCGGCAGGAGCAACCCCUGGUGCGUCUAAAGGGUGGCGCUGUUGUCGGGGAGGGCCGCGUGGAGGUGCUGAAGAAUGGCGAGUGGGGUACUGUCUGUGAUGACAACUGGGACCUCCGCUCGGCUACCGUGGUGUGCCGUGAACUCGGUUUUGGCAGUGCCAAAGAGGCUCUGACAGGGGGAAGGAUGGGUCAAGGAAUGGGCCCUGUACACAUGAAUGAGGUGGAAUGCUCGGGGUUUGAGAAGUCCAUCACUGAGUGCUACUUCAACAGGGACUCCCUGGGGUGCAGUCAUGAGGAGGAUGCAGGCGUGAGGUGCAACGUGCCGGCCAUGGGAUUCCAAGAGAGGGUGCGUCUAAGUGGGGGGCGGAACCCCUACGAAGGGCGCGUGGAGGUGCUGGCAGAGAGGAACGGGUCGCUGGUGUGGGGCACGGUGUGCAGUGACAGCUGGGGAACGCUAGAGGCCACGGUGGUGUGUCGACAGCUUGGCUUGGGAUUUGCAAACCAUGCCUUUCAGGAAACAUGGUACUGGCCAGGCGAUGUGAGCGCUGACACUGUGGUGAUGAGUGGGGUGCGCUGUUCUGGCACAGAAAUGUCCCUCUCACACUGUUUGCACCAUGGGAAGUACAUCCAUUGCCCCAAGGGGGGUGGACGUUUCUCUGCUGGAGUCUCCUGCUCUGACACUGCCCCAGAUCUAGUGCUGAACCCCCAGAUGGUAGAGCAGACCACAUACCUGGAGGACCGGCCCAUGUUUAUGCUCCAGUGCGCGCACGAAGAGAACUGCCUGUCCAGCUCAGCCCAGGGGGCUUCAGCCAGCGAUUACCGCCGCCUGCUGCGCUUCUCCUCGCAGAUCCAUAACAACGGACACGCCGACUUCCGGCCCAAAGCCAGUCAUCACUCGUGGAUCUGGCAUGAAUGCCACAGGCAUUACCACAGCAUGGAGGUGUUCACCCACUACGACUUGUUCAGUCUCAAUGGCUCCAAGGUGGCUGAGGGACACAAGGCCAGUUUCUGCCUGGAGGACAGCGAGUGCGAUGAGGGAAUUGAGAAGCGAUAUGCCUGUGCCAACUUUGGCCCUCAGGGUAUCACAGUGGGCUGUUGGGACACGUACAGGCACGACAUUGACUGCCAGUGGAUCGACAUCACAGAUGUGAAGCCGGGGGAUUACAUCUUCCAGGUUGCAAUUAACCCCAAUUACGAAGUUGCGGAGUCGGACUACAGCAACAAUAUUAUGAAAUGCAGGUGUCGAUAUGAUGGAUACCGGAUAUGGACAUACAACUGCCAUAUAGGUGGCUCUUUAAGCUUUGAAACAGAUGACACCUUCCCAGGACUCCGCACCAAUCAGCUCUCCUACAGGUAAACGCAAGAGCGUGAAAACGAUCUGACUGAACGAAGCUGCCAACAACCAGCAAGAACAGGAAUCCCCCCUCCCUCCCCGCAGCCACUAGAGGGAGUCACUGUGCUCCCUUUUGAAUGACCCCUUUCCAUGGGAACUCAAGGACACCCACUCCACUUGUACCGGGGGAGGGGCAACUGACACCCACAACACAGUUGCUCUCCUCUGAAGACUUAACCUCAUUGUUAGAUAAAGUCUCUGUGACAAAGGAAGUUUUGAAUCUGCAAUAUGACGCCUCCUGCUGGUGAUAUUUCAUACAACGCAGCGGACUUCUUGCUGGAAAAGGGAAUUCUAAGUGCAAUUCUUGUACACUUAAUGUACAGCAUAUUUACCAUCUUUCAGGGAGAAAAUUUAAGUAACAUCUGAACCACUUCACAUCUGUGAGGUCUUUGGCAAGAACCACAAGUUUGAAAACUUCACAAAUGAUCAUACCUUUUUUUUUGUCAUGAAGAAAUAUCAGUUCUGUUUUACAGGAACAUUUGGCUUUAGAUACCACAGAUAAAUACUACUGUAACAUUACAUUUUUUGAGCGCCUUAUUUUAAUUUUCAAAUAACUACGACUUUUUUAGGAGUUCAUAUUCUCAAAGUGAGUAGGCAGAACUGUAGAUUACGAACAAAAUUAUUUUUGUAAUAAAGGACCAAGACUGCUGGAAUCUUUUACCUGCCACAUAUUAUGAGGCGAUUUUCACAGACUUGCCAGGACUGUAGGGAAUAAAAUUUAUAACACAAAAACAACAUGUGAAGUGGUUUUACCCAUAAAAAUCCUCAAGUUCAGUCAUGUAGGAAUAGGGAGAAAAUGGUCAUGUUACGCUGGUACUAUUAGGAUGCCAUUUAGUUUUUGUCUUCUCUGGGAAAACUACACACCCUUUCACCAUGAGACCAGAACUUCUGGCACAACAUAUCUUGUAUUAAUGUACUUUAAUGUGUUAUUAAUUUAAAAUGUCAGGUUUUUUAUUCUUGGGGUGAAAAUAUCAUUUAUCCAUUGCUGUGUCUUUCAAUAUUACCAUAGUUAUUCAUACUCAUGUUUUGGCUGUAGCACAUAAUCCUAAAACAGGAGGCAGUGAUACAAUACAGGAAGCCGUCACUGGUCAGGUGACCAUGACCCAUGGUCAAGGCUGCUUUCAGAGUGUAAUUCUGCUGUUCAAACCUGCAUCUAAAACACUGGCAAAGCAAUCAUUCGUAAAGUCCACACAAGGUGGGAGGGGCGGGCCGGUGGGCCUUCAAAGGUCUCUGGGUCUAGACCACAUUCCUGCCUGGUUGCACUGACAUCAACACGCACCCCCCACUUUAGAUUUCCAAAUAUUGUGAAAUGUCAGCAUAAUCACUCAAAUUGUACUGUACAAUUUAUCCGUAUUUUGGACCCUGCUGUAAUAUGCAAAUGCCAUGUCAGUGCUUCUCAUUUUCUCUACCUUGUAUGUAGCUUCAAUUUUCCUAUUUCAUCGCUUCUAAAGAGUUACUCAGAAGAAUCAGGGAUAUAAAUUUGAGUCCUCUGAGCCUUGGCCAGUGUGAGGUUCAGCAUUCUGUAUUUGCUUUGUGAGUGGUGCUACCAAACAGGGACCCUGUAAACUCACACUUGAAUGGGACAAAACCCAUGCAGCUCCUUCCACGAUAAGUUGGCCACAAUAAAAGUAUCAAACCCGCAGACAGUCGUAUUCCUUCCACAUGCAGUGGGACCUUAACUGCUGUCCUCCAGUUCAUUUCUUCACUAAGAGCCACAAAGAGCUUAAAAGCAGGUCAGAAGUUCAUUCACUUCCUGGCUGGAACGUAAACCUCUAGGACCAUUGAAGGUCCCUGGUGUACAGUCCACGCUGCAUUAGCACUGCUACCAAAUCCUCCUUUAACUAAAGACUUGCCUGACCUGGUUCACGAGGUGAACCAACAGUCACACAACACGCCCUAACGUUUGGGGAGAGAUAACCCAUGACGAG